AUGGCCCGCUACGCCCCUGAGUGGAUGGACAGCGUCCGCCGUCCACGCCCACUAGCGCACAUCCGCAGCCCCGAAAGCAUCAACCGUUCACGCCAGCGCCGUGACCGCGAAGCCAGCCGAGAACGAGACCGGGACAUAUCCCGUGAGGUCCGCCGGGUCGACCGCCAACGAGACCGUGACCGCGACCGCGGCGGCGGCCUUGUCGCCACCACCGACGUGCGCAUGGUCAACGACAUCAUCGACGACUACCCCGAGCGCCCGGUGCACAUCAACUUCAACUACGGCCCGGUGUCGAUCCACCCGGACUGCACCUGCCCCAACCCCUUCGCCCACACCUGCGCCGUCCCCAUCUCCAGCCUCAGCAGCAACAGCAACAGCUCCACCGCCCCGGGACCCCCCAGCAACAUCGGCGCCACCCGCCGCAACACCAUCACCUACCCCGCCAACCCCUACACCCCCGCACCCCCCACGCCCGCCUCCCGCCGCGGCGGGCCCCCUUCCUCCUCUUCCGGCCCCGCACCACACCCGCCGGGCGGCCAACCCCCCUUCCCGCGCUCCAUCCUCCGCGCGCCCCGCCCGCCACGCUCCCCCUCCCCCGGCCCGCCUCCUCCCGGCAGGGUCGGCAGGGCACCCGUCAUCAUCCCGUCGCCGGAGUCGUCCGACCUCGACGAGCGGCGCGCCGCCCGGCCACGCCCGCCGCGCCGGCCGAGGACUGCUAGUAUGAGUCGUCCGCCGCCGCCGCCGAUGAUGCCGCCGGCGGGGAUGGGGAUGCCUGUUGUUGCGAUCUGCGAGGGCUGUCUGCGUCGGCGGGAGUUGGUUGUGGCGGGGUAUUGUGUGGAUUGGAUAAUGUGCUGGGGUCGUCGGUGA